AUUCCUCUGUUUUUUCCCCAAUUCCGCAACAUCCCAUUCCCAUGUAGAGCAGGCUAUAGCCUAUAUCCAUUACUCUCUCUCUCUCUCCCUCCCUCUCUCUCUCCCAGUUCGGUUGCUCUCUCGCCGUUUCGAGAGCGCGGAAGCAGCAGCGGCCUGCGUUCCUGUCGGCCCCGCGGGCCGGACGAGGAUGUCGGAUCAGAAGGACCCUGGGAUCAAGCUCUUCGGCCGGGUGAUCCCGCUGGCCCCUGAGCCAGCGCUGGGGACCACGGAAACGGAGGAACCGCACUGCCACGACCGGCCGCCGGAAGAGCUGCAGUCACGGGCGCUGGAGGAGGAGGAGGACGCGGCGGCGGCGGAUGAGGAUCAACACAACGAAAAAGAAGAUGGUGAAAUGAAGGUUGACAUGCCACAAGAGAAGGAUAAUGAAAUGAAGGUUGACACGCCACAAGAGAAGGCUGAUGAAAUGAAGAUUGACACGCCACAAGAGAAGGGUAAUGAAAUGAAGGUUGACAUGCCACAAGAGAAGGGUACUGAAAUGAAGUUUGAUGCAUCACAAAAGGAACAGGAUGGUGAAAUGAAGGUUGACGCACAACAAGAGAAAAAAGAUGAGCAAAUGAAAGUCGAUGCAUCACCAAUGACAGAAAAUAUACAACCAGGCACUUUACCUACCUCGGACCAUAACAAAGAAGAUUUGGGCCAGGUGAACAGUACUGAAGAUAAAGUUGCAUCAGACCCAAAGGGGGAGAGUGAGAAGACAUCAAAUGAAGAAUCAGGUCAGGACAAAACACUUAAGAAGCCAGAUAAGAUUCUACCUUGUCCUCGGUGCAACAGCAUGGACACAAAGUUCUGCUAUUACAACAACUACAAUGUUAAUCAACCUAGGCACUUCUGCAAGAAUUGUCAGCGGUACUGGACUGCAGGGGGCACUAUGAGGAAUGUACCUGUUGGUGCUGGGCGGCGCAAAAGUAAGAAUGCAUCAUUGCACUACCGCCAAUUACUGAUGGCCCCUGAUUGUAUGCUGGGUUCUAGAGUGGACAUAUCAAAAUCAGUCCUCCCUGAAGCUCUUGUGUCCCCACCUUCUGCCCCAAUACAGUCAACCAGUCGAAAUGAAACAGUUCUCAAAUUUGGGCCUGAGGUGCCACUUUGUGAAUCAAUGGCGUCAGCACUUAACAUUGAUGAACAGAAUGUAAAGAACCCUGGAUCAGCGCCAAGAGGAGAAAAUAGGGAAGACAACUCUUGUGCAUCAUCUGUUACAUCAUACAAUGGACUUCCUGAAAACAUGGUUCACGUCGAUAAGAAUGGAGCACCCGUUUACUGUAAUGGAGUUGCCCCAUUGCCUCAGUAUUACCUUGGAACCCCUUUCAUGUAUCCUUGGAGUGUAGGAUGGAACAAUCUCCCUGUGAUGGUGCCAGGUAAAAAUAUGCCUGAACCUGCUUCUGCUUCAGAGAGCUGCAGUACUAGUUCAGCUCCAUGGAUGACCUCUCCCAUGAUGCCGGCCUCGAGACUUCCUAGACCAGCAUUUCCAUACCCUCUUGUGCCACCUGCGCUUUGGGGUUGUUUGUCUGGAUGGCCAGCCACGACAUGGAACAUACCGUGGAUCAGAACUAACGGUUGCGUGUCCCCGUCGUCAUCAAGCAACAGCAGCUGCUCAGGUAAUGGGUCUCCUACUCUUGGUAAACAUUCCAGGGACUCUAAUCCGUUGAAAGAGGAGAAGAAAGAGAAAUCAUUGUGGGUUCCUAAGACACUCCGGAUCGAUGAUCCUGAUGAGGCUGCAAAGAGUUCAAUAUGGGCUACCCUUGGCAUCAAACCUGGUGACCCUGGCACCUUCAAGCCUUUUCAGUCCAAGGUCGAGAGCAAGGGCCAGAAAUCAGAUACUGCUCAGGUUUUGCAGGCGAAUCCAGCAGCAUUAUCACGUUCGCAAUCAUUCCAGGAGAGCUCUUGAUUCCAUGCCUUCAGUCUAUCGUAUAGUUUUGGUACUGUAAUCUUUACAUCUUUACAUACUAGAAGAGUUUUGCGGUCCGUGAAAAGAUCAGCAGAGAGCUUCUUGUAUAGCCACUAACUUGGUGGAACAUGCAAAGAGCUUUCAUGAGAACCCCUUUGGAGAUAUGUAUGUAUUGUAAAUACUUGACAAACUGGUUGUGUAUAUUAGUCUCAAGUCAGGACGCAGGAAGACUCACCUGGGUUGGCUCUCCUAGUAUAUUGGUUUUAAGUUGCAAACAGUUAACAGUGUAACUGAUAAUAUUCCAGUGAGUACUAGAAGAACUACAAAUAUUCUCAAAUAAACCAUUUCAAUCGUC